CCGGUCCUUUGUUUUUUCGACAAUGAUCAUUUAAAUCAUUCAAACAAAGACUUGACUGUGCUUUGUUAGUUAAAAAAUUAUAUACAAGUACGUUUAUCUCAGGAACACAGAAUAUUGCUACAAGUGCCGUUUUUUCACACCAUCGGUACAGUCAUUGGAAUCAUGACGAGCCUACACAGUGGAAGCACAUUGGUAUUGCCGACUUGCGGUUAUAAGCCCAUCGAAUCGGCCAAGGCUAUUGUUAACGAAAAAUGUACAAUUUUGUAUGGUACGCCAACAAUGUACGUAGACUUGAUUUGUGUUUCUAAACAACUCCUUCAGGAAGGAUACACGUUUACAACACCGGAAGUGGCAUUUAGCGGAGGAGCUUUGUGUUCUCCACAUUUGUUUGAACAAAUAAAAACGGUUCUCAAUGUCGGACGUUUAGCGAGUGUUUAUGGGAUGACAGAAACAAGUCCUGUUGUCUUUAUUUCUAAUCCAGAUGAAACCGAAGAUCAAAUGUGCUCUACUGUUGGCCAAGUGCUCGAUCAUUGCGAAGUGAAAGUCGUGGACAGAAACGGCGACAUAGUGCCAAUGGGUACUCCGGGAGAGGUCUUGUUCAAAGGCUACAACAUCAUGCCGGGUUACUGGAAAGACGUGGAAAUGACAAGAAAGAUCAUCGACGACGACGGAUGGCUUCGUUCGGGCGACGUGUUCGUAUUGAGCGAAGACGGAUACGGCGUGAUCACGGGCAGGAUAAAAGACAUUAUAAUUCGAGGCGGAGAAAACAUAGAACCCCAGACGGUCGAGUACUUCCUAGAAACUCAUCCAGAAAUCGUCCAGGCUCAGGUGUUCGGUAUACCGGACGAAAGGCUCGGCGAAGUGGUUUGCGCAGCCGUAAAGACCGUAAAGAAUUCCAAGCUCGACGAGGAAGGCGUAAAAAAUUUUUGCCACGGCAACAUAGCCAGAUUCAAAGUGCCCAUCCACUUGAUGAUCGUGGAUGACUUCCCAAAAACGGCUUCUGGUAAAAUUCAAAAAUUCAAACUCCGCGAAAUUAUGAUUGACCAUUUGAAGGAAUAGCAAAUUUGUCAAUUACACGAUUACAGCCAGUAGUGUAUCGUGUACCUUGUUUAAUUUUAAAAUAGUAUAAUAUAAUAGCUGUGGGCUUUUGUUAAAAUAUAAUAAUUGUAUUAUGUAGAAGAAACUCGAGCAACUCAUGGUUAUAUAUAAUAAAUUAAAAUUCAUGGCUAAGGGUUUAAACAUUUCAAUUUAUUUAUUGUAUUAUCUAAAUG